AAAAAAAAAAAAAAAAAAGAAACAGUAUCUCGAUGCUGACAAUGUAACUCCUCUUGGCGUUCUGUUCCCGGAAUGUCAGCGACCGAUCUGAAAUGCAAGGAGGAGAGGAGACCACCAGAGUGUGUGCGUGUGUGUUUGCUCUGUCUUAUUCGGGUCUCGUUUCUCGCACGGCUGCACAAGCCUCUGAUAUUAAUCGGGCACUGCAAGGUUUGCCCUACGGAUUCUUCGGUCAUUCUCGCCGCCUUCGACUCAGUGGCCAUUGAACCCAAGGCCCCGGGCCGAGUGGCAAGUACAAUUCCACACUCGCAACCCGGAGCGGAGAUUAAGGUUGCGAUGUGACACCUACUCCAGAACCAGGCUCGCGCGUUUCUGUGCGUGCCCUGACAACCUUUACUCAUUCCGUGCCAUCAUGCCCAGCGGGCCACCUACCCACGUCUUUCCACCUACCAGCGCUCGCCAUUCUUUGACCUGGUACCUCCACAAACGGCGACCGCGAUUGAUGCCACCCUGACUGCUUGGUACGUUGCAUUGGCCCCCGAAAGGAUACCACCUCCGAGUUGCCCGGGCCAGAACCCCGGAGACGGUCAUUUGCAGGGGGGGGGGGAGGCGGCAAGAGUUUCUUUAUAGAGGCCGGCUCAUGCCUCCCCAAACAUCCACCACCCUUUUCUUUCUCAAGCAAUCAGCCUACGAAGCCCCCUUUUCUCGGAUCUUACCCAAGACCCUGUGGUCUUGACGAGCUAAAGUCGCCAUGCGGACUCUUGCGCCCUUUAUUGCUACGCUCCUGGUCGCCGUGACCUAUCUGCAGCCAUCUUUGGCGCAGGGUCCGUUGCCGCAGGUGUACACUGACCCUGAGACGGGCAUCGUGUUCAAUACCUGGAGUGCGACUGAUGGACCAAUUCAGGGCGAAGGCUAUGGAUCUGUAAGCUUGGGAGGCUUCACCUUCGGCAUGGCGCUGCCGUCCGAUGCGCUCACUGUCGAUGCAAACGAAUUCAUCGGGUACCUUGAAUGCUCUACUCCGACUACCCCCGGUGAAGGAUGGUGUGGCGUCUCGAUGGGUGGUUCCAUGACCCGGGCGCUACUGCUUGUUGCUUGGCCUCACGAGGAUGAGGUUCUCACAUCGUUCCGCUACGCCACGGGCUUUGUCGUCCCCGAGCUGUACAAGGGCGACGCAAAGCUCACACAGAUCACUUCCUCGAUGAACUCGACACACUACAAGCUCGUUUUCCGCUGCCAAAACUGCUUGAAGUGGAGUCAUGAUGGCUUGGAGGGUGGCCAGUCAACCAGCAGUUCCUUCCUUAUGUUGGGAUGGGGACAAGCCAGGACACCCGUAGGAAACCCAGAGUGCCCCGAUCGGGUCGUCAUCCAGCAGCACGACAACGGAAUGAACCUCUUCCCCGCCCCGCUUGACGUUUCCAUUGCGAACCCCUCGUAUGCGAGCUGGGCGGCCACGGCCACCAAGGAGGUUACGGGUGAUUGUGGUGGGUCGACUGAGCCGCCCGUACCCGAAGUGACGGGUGUCCCGGUUCCGUCUGGUACUUAUGACUACGUGGUCGUCGGAGCCGGGGCCGGAGGUAUUCCCAUCGCGGACAAGCUGAGCGAGGCUGGCAAGUCCGUCCUGCUCAUUGAAAAGGGACCUCCUUCGACAGGGCGCUGGGGCGGCAAUCUCAAACCCUCGUGGCUCCAAGGAACCGAUCUGACACGCUUCGACGUGCCCGGCUUGUGCAACCAGAUUUGGGUCGACUCCAACGGCAUUGCUUGUGACGACACUGACCAGAUGGCGGGCUGCGUGCUUGGUGGUGGUACAGCGGUCAACGCUGGGCUGUGGUGGAAGCCCUACACUCCCGACUGGGACCAGGUCUUCCCCAGCGGAUGGAAGGCAUCAGACAUGGCUGGUGCCACAAGCCGCGUCUUCAACAGGAUUCCGGGUACCGAGACCCCAUCUCAGGACGGAAAGCGCUACCGCACCGAAGGUCUGAACACCCUUAUGGGGGGUCUCAAAUCAGCCGGCUGGGCCGAAGUCAGUUCCCUCAGAGAACCUGACCGCAAGAACCGGACGGUCAUGCCGGGCCCGUUCAUGUUUGCCAAUGGCGAGCGCGGAGGACCGUUGGCAACCUACCUCGACACGGCCAGCAAACGGUCCAACUUCAAGCUGUGGAUGAACACGGCUGUGAAGCGUGUCGUCCGUGAGGGUGGACACGUCACUGGACUUGAAGUCGAGCCCUUCCGGAACGGCGGCUAUGUCGGCACUGUCCAGCUGACGCCUGGAACUGGCCGUGUAAUUCUCUCUGCGGGAACAUUUGGCUCUGCAAAGCUCCUGAUGCGCAGUGGUAUCGGAAGAAAAGACCAGCUUGAGAUCGUCAAGGGCUCGCGCGACGGACCUACUAUGGUGGAUGAAGCCUCCUGGAUUCCCCUGCCCGUUGGUGACAAUUUGGUGGACCAUGUCAACACUGACACUGUUGUAUCCCACCCGAACGUUGUGUUUUACGACUUUUAUGAGGCGUGGACUUCACCAAAUCCUGCAGACAAGGACGCAUAUCUCAGCAAACGAUCUGGGAUUCUCGCGCAAGCCGCUCCCAACAUCGGACCACUGUUCUUUGAUCAGAUCAGGGGGGCAGAUGGCAAAACUAGGCAUAUUCAGUGGACUGCGAGAGUAGAAGGCAGUCUUGGUGCCCCGAACGGGAAGACCAUGACCAUGAGCCAAUACCUUGGUACCGGAUCGACAUCGCGCGGUCAGAUGAGCAUAACUAGUGGCCUUUCGACCGUCGUGUCGACGCACCCGUACCUCCAUACGGAGGGGGACAAAGCUGCCGUCAUCCAGGGCAUCGUCAAUAUUCAGAACGCUCUCAAGGGCGUAACAGGUCUUAAGUUCGAGUUCCCCAAUGCGACCACCACUGCCGCGGACUACGUCGCCAGUAUGCCCGUUUCUCCGUCGAACCGUCGUGCCAACCAUUGGAUGGGCACAGCAAAGCUGGGCACCGACGAUGGCCGUCAGAGCGGCGGAACCGCAGUCGUAGACACUAACACUCGCGUCUUCGGCACCGACAAUUUGUUUGUUGUAGACGCGAGCAUCUUCCCCGGUAUGGUAACGACGAACCCAUCAGCCUACAUUGUCGUGGCGUCGGAGAGAGCAGCCGAGCGCAUCUUGGCGCUUCCGCCGUCGACACCGCUGCCUAGAUAUAGCCAAUGUGGUGGGCGAGCGCACACCGGGAGCUUCCAGUGUGCCGCGCCAUACACGUGCCAAGUGCAAAACGAAUACUACUCUCAGUGCCUCUAAUGUUUUAACACACAUCUUUAGUUGGAAUAUAAAUAAACAGAGACUAAAACUGUGAGGUUGUUACAACAUUUACAUAUUAUAAAAAUAUAUAUACUACUAGCCCUGAAUAAAUAUGAAUUUUAUACGUGCG